UGAAGGUGUCCCGAUCCUGCUCAUCAUGAGGGCCGUUAUAUUCUUCGUGCUGGCUGUCCUGUCAGGCUGCCAUGCCAGAAGCUUCUUCCAGGACGAGCCGAAGUCCCCGUGGGAGGUUGCUGUGGACAACUUCAAUGCUUAUUUCGAAGCUCUGAGCACGAGGGCCGAUGGGGUGGUGAAAGACAUCAGGAGCCAUGAGAUCAGCAGAGAGCUGGACACCCUGAUCCAGGACAGCAUGUCUGAGCUCUCCAUGUACAAAGACGACCUGCAGAUCAAGCUGGCCCCGUUCGCUCAGGAGGCCGGGGAACGUCUGGGCACAGACCUGGCUCAGAUGAUCCAGAAACUGCGCGAUCACAUGUUGGAGGCCAGGGAGCAGAUGGGGAAGUACAGUUUGGAGCUGCAGACCAUGAUGGAGCAGAACGUGGAUGACGUCAGUGUCAGAGUCAACGCCUACACCCGCAAGCUGAAGAAACGCCUCAGCAAGGACACCCAGGAGAUCAAGAGACAUGUUGAUGACUACGUCGAAGAGCUUCAGACCCGUACCUCAGAGAACAUGGAGGUGAUGAGGCAGCGUGCUGACCCUUAUUUCGCUCAGGUCCGUGACAACGCCCAGGUGAAGUUCACCUCCCUGAACAACCUGAUGACAUCUCAGAUGGAGGCCGUGAAGGUAAAGCUUCAGACAACCGCUGAAGACAUCAAGGAGCGCUUGGAGGAAACCACUGAAGACCUGAAAUCCACCAUGGAGGAAAAGAUGACCGCGCUGGGACUGUGGUUGCAGCCUUUCGUCAAUAUGUUCAACGGUGACCAGUAAAUCCUCCAGUGUCACAGGCUAAACUGUUCAUCCAGACUUUCUACAUUUAAACACUUCUGUAAAAAGUUUGAAGGAGUCUUAACAUCUUCCAUCACAGUCUGAAUGUGUUUCUUUCAAUAAAAAAAACAGCUGCUCA